AUGGACUCGAAGACACGAGAGAGAGCUUCCCAGACGUCCCGAGAUGAGUUAAGUCCUGCUACAAGAGUCAUGAAGAGAGUUUACCAACCAAGCAAGGACCUGUUGGUCCUUUUUCAUCCAAGUCAGAUGCGCUGGGUUGAGAGUUGGUGGAGCGAGCGGAUCAUUGGCGGCGAGGGCAGGAGGAUCUGCAGUAACAGCAGCCCAAAACAAGGCCUUGGCUCGCCCGUUCCAGUCUCAUCUCACUCACCACACCACCAACUCUUUGAUUGCAUUGCUUGCUUGGGCCUUAAGAACCAACUCCUUCCCUCCAAGAAGGUGUGGAACAACUUCACCUCCAAAGUUCAAUCCAAACUAUCGAAACUCAAGCGGUCCAAGGCCCAGCUCAGACACGCAAAGGCGCGCCUGAUCAACACCAUCCUUCACUCCCCAAGUCGGUCCUCUUACCACCUCGGACGCAAGAAACGCCGCGCUCGGCGGCUACACCACCAUCGGCACUUCGCACCGGUCUACGUUGAUGAGCUCUAUGACCAGCCCAUGCCGGUGCAUGCCGAGUGCGUGGAGGCAUCUCCUGAGGCCAAGGGAGAGAAGGCAUUGGAGAAAAGUGCAAAGAGUGAUCAGCUUGGGGUUAUGUGUGGAGGAGCUGCUGCUGCUGCUUCGUGUGAACCUUCUUUGAGUGUGGUGGCAGGGAUGGAAGAUGUGGAUUUGAGAGUCCCCGCGUGA